CAACUGUAUCACAACCCAAUCGCACACAUAAAUCCUUUCCGUUUUCCCCUCGACCGUCUGGUCCCAAUCUGACGUCGCAGCAAACGAAGACCAGAGCCACAAAACCCUAGCUCCCUUGCUCCAGUCCUAGCUCGCUACGCGAAGGGAUACGUGUCGUUGGUCGUCGUCGCAGCCCUUUUCCCGAGCUCUCAGAUCUUCGAUGACAAGCGCUUGGACAAAUAUGAGCAUUGCAAUCAUACAUAGGGAUAUAGAGAGGGAGUGGGAGAAUCAGGGUGGAGUUAUGUGUAUUAUUUAUUAUUAUUGGAGAUUCUUGCUCAAUCUCAGAAGAUCUAUACAUCUGCUAAAAUUCUGGAGAGGAUGAGGAGAUCAAAUUUUAUUUCAAUAUUAUUAUAGCAUUGGAGCAUCUUGGAGCAAAUGAGCAAUGGAGCUUGUGGAGCACGGCUCACCUCGAGGAUUGCUCUCUUGCAAGUAAUCUGGACUAUACAAUCUUCGGGUGUCAGAUAUGAGUGGUCGUUUUUCUCGCACAAUUUAUGUUGGCAACCUGCCCUCAGAUAUAAGAGAAUGGGAAAUUGAAGAUCUAUUCUACAAGUAUGGCCGUAUAUUAGAUGUUGAAUUGAAGAUUCCACCUCGCCCUCCAUGUUAUUGUUUUGUGGAGUUUGAUAAUGCUAGAGAUGCGGAAGAUGCAAUUAGGGGUCGUGACGGCUAUAACUUUGAUGGUUGUCGUUUAAGGGUUGAACUUGCCCAUGGUGGUAGUGGUAGAGGGCCAUCCUCAAGUGAUCGUCGUGGUGGCUAUGGUGGUGGUGGUGGUGGGGGGGUGGGGGGUGGUGGUGGUGGUGGGGGUGGUGGGAUCUCACGCCAUUCUGAAUAUCGAGUUAUUGUUCGUGGGCUCCCUUCUUCUGCUUCCUGGCAAGAUUUGAAGGAUCAUAUGCGAAAAGCUGGUGAUGUAUGUUUUGCUGAGGUAUCUCGUGAUGCUGAAGGGACAUUUGGCGUUGUUGAUUACAAUAAUUAUGAUGACAUGAAAUAUGCUAUUCGGAAACUUGAUGACACUGAAUUCAGAAACCCUUGGGCAAGAGCUUAUAUCCGGGUGAAGAAGUACGAGGGCAGUCCUAUAAGGAGCCGAAGUAGAAGCCGCAGCCGCAGCUGCAGCCGAAGCCGAAGCAGAAGCAGAAGUGUCAGAAGGGACCGCAGUAAAUCAUUGGAGCGGUCUAUUUCUAGAUCAGUGUCAAGAUCAAGAUCUGCAUCUCCCGUCAAAUCCUCCAGGCUAAGAUCAAGAUCAAGGUCAGGAUCACCCCGCCAGGCACGUUCCGGUAGUGGCUGAUUUCCAUGCAAGCGGUGUCAAAACUCAUCCAGACCCAUUUGGUAGAGUUUGAGGGGAAAGCUAUUAUUAGAUUUUUUAGUGGUCUUAAUAGGUGGAAUGUGAACAACUUGAUUUGUCUUGAAAUAUGUAGCACUUCAAAUUGGUUAUAUCCCCCUUUUCUUUUAACUUAAGCUACAGUCUGCGAGGUGUGUUGAGUAGCAACUGAGGCUACUAUCUUGGGAGAUUUGUGACUUUUUACGUAUUAUGCAUUGCACUUUUGUUUGGUUUUGAAGUAAAAAAUGUGUCUUUUUAAAUAAUGCAGGAUGUGGCAUAUUCGGUGAAUUUUAACAUAUGAUUUGUAUGAAGUGCAUCCUUUUUUCAUUUGAUA